CUGCACAUAAACGAUUCUUAAACAAGCGUAAUAACUUUUAUCACUGCGUCCUCUUAAACAUCAUAUGCCUACAUACGAUUUUAAACAGUAAUCUUAAUACAUUUUAUGUGCGUAUUUCACAUAACCGUAUCUGACUUCUGCUUGAUAAAAAAUGUUGUUCAUGCAAAUACCCUUUGUGAGCACCGCAUAUAAGUUGUAUGUUCACGAUAGUAUAGAUUUUUGCAGUAUGCUUUUACACAUAAAACUUAUAUGCAAUGUUCACAACAUUUAUGUACACGUGCUCGAACGUGUGCAUAAAAGCUUUUGGUCAAACAAGAUGGCGAAAAAUUGGAAAACAGAAUCAUUUGCGUGCUGUUUCCGAAAGUUUCUCUAAAAUAAAGUGAUUUAUUUUAAACUAAAGUAGUUAGUAGUUAGGUAUACUAUAGUUAGCAUGUCCUGGAGCUGAGUCAAUAGUUUGGCGUUCGUUUAAUCUGACGGCAUCAUUUCGGUAACCCGGCCAAUUUGCAAGGCCACAGCUGCAAGAAUCCAGAAUGUUCUCGUCGCGGCAGUUGGAAUGCGGUUCGGUGGUUCCGGGAGAGGUGGAGAGUACGGAGAUUAUCUGGACAACAGGUCAUCGACGUCCUCCGUUUCGAACCACUCACACGCUUCCGGCUUGCCCUCAACGUGCGGUGUGUCACAGCAUGCGCCAACACCGGGCGAUCAACGAUCUGCUGUCGGAGCUGAGCGGACUUUUGCUGGACAGUGCCAACGCUGGCGGCAAGUUGAUCCGUUCUGCAAACCUUCUUAACAAACCUGUUCCGCCCAGCCCUCUAUCGCGCUCAUUCAAAACAACAAACAACACGACCUUCUCCCUGAACUUCCCACCGGAGAUUGGCUCUACCUCAUAACCCACAAGAUCCCCCUCAUUAGCACCUUCCCCGACCCGGACAAGUAGCUGCUUCUAGCGAUGGCAGAGUGAGUUGGGAGAGCAGAGGGGUUAUGACGAGGGGACCUGGUGGAGAAGCGAUUCGGCGGUCCAACUCAACGAGUGCACCCUGACAGCAAAGCGAUGCUGCCAAAGUCUGGUCACUUGCCAACGCCAUGCCAAAAGAGGUUCCCGACAUCGAUCGUGAUUGCUUGUGAAAGUCGUGAAAGUAUGUUAUUUAGAAUGUAAAUUUAAGAAUAAAAAAACCUGCAAACUCGUUUCAAUAAAAAUACA